AAAAGACGGACCGCCUCGGCAUCUCAACAUAAAACCGUAUGCCUGUCAGCCACGCCCUACAUGACCGCUGUCGACAUCUCUGCAUUUCGAGGGACCGCACAACCAGCACACGAGAACCGCUCUUUUCGCAAACAUGCUCGGAACCAGUACUAAAGGGCGGAUAUUCUGCCAUUAUGGUUCUGCUCGUUGGAAAUAUUUACUUGAAUUGUUUCCUUGAGUUCGAAAUACCGACAGCCAAUUCAAAGUAUGACUUCUUCUUCACGGAAUGCUGGAGAUCGAGAACAUGGAAAUGGUACGACAAAGAAGCAGCAGCAACAGUCAAAGGUCCAGGCAAACUCCAAGGACAAGCUUAGACAUCACGCCAAUGCCACGAACCCUCCCAUGCACGAGUGCGAAUGCAUGACAACGAAUAACCACAAAGUACCACAUCGUAGAAAAAGCGCCCGCCAUGUCCCUCACACAUACACCCCCUUCCACCACCUAUCACUCGACGCAAUGGACGGCUUGCCAGACGCCAACAUCCACGAAUUCGGCAACGACCCAGAACAUGAUGACCACGAGGACAUCGGCGACGAAUCCACCACGAUCCUCACUCCAAGCUAUGACACCAACUCGACAAUCCCCACCUACUUUGACGAGGACGACGAGUGCACGAGUCUCUUCAAUACCCUGAGCCCGUACGCGCGCACUACGCACGAUCUGAGGUAUAUUGGCCAUUGGGUAGAGACACAAGAAGAAAGUAAUUAUGUGCUACCGAGCUAUGUGGAUGCAAUAAGUAUUGGACGUCGGUAUUCUUCGCGGGUUGAUGUGAGGGACGCGAUGGUUGGGAUUGAGGUUGCGUUUCCGAGUGGUGCUUAUGAGACUGUGCAUCGAAACAGGUGAAGUGGAAUUGGAGUCAAUAACUGAAAGUUUAAUUGAAAUAGUAAUGAUGAAUGCAUGACUUAUGAACAUGAAGACUUGAAGC